GUCCAUAAGCAGAGGUUUUGUCUGCUGCCGAAAGAGAGAUCAAGAAGACACAAUUUAAAAGCCCAUGAUAAAGGGGUCGAUUGAAAGUAAGAAGAUUAUUUUCAUACAUGGUGCUGCCGAGAGUGUUAAGUGAAUAUUAAGUUUUAGCUCAAAUAUAUUCUCACUUAAAGCAGGCAAGCAUAUAUAUAUAUAUAUAUAUAUACACACACCCAAGGUCUGAAAAGCCAUGGCAGAAGAAGAAGAUUUAUACACAAAAGAUGGGACGGUAGAUUGCCGUGGAAAUCCCGCUAAUAGAAAAGGAACAGGAACCUGGAAAGCCUGCCCUUACAUUCUAGGAAAUGAAUGCUGUGAAAGACUUGCAUACUACGGAAUGAGUUCCAAUCUGGUGCGUUAUUUCGAGCAUAGAUUAAACCAGGAAGGUUCUACUGCCUCUAAGAAUAACUCCAAUUGGAGCGGAACAUGCUACACGACGCCAUUGAUUGGAGCUUUUCUUGCUGAUGCCUAUCUUGGAAGAUAUUGGACCAUUGCCACUUUCUCAAUCAUCUAUGUUAUUGGCAUGACGUUUUUGACAAUGACAGCGACAAUGCCUGGUCUAAGGCCGACCUGUCAUGGUAAAGAAGAGAAUUGUCAUGCAACAGACACACAAAGCGCAGUAUUCUUUGUAGCAAUUUACCUGAUAGCUUUGGGAACUGGUGGGAUUAAACCUUGUGUAUCAUCCUAUGGAGCAGAUCAGUUUGAUGAUGCUGAUGAGGUUGAGAAGAAACACAAGGCUUCUUUCUUCAACUGGUUUUACUUUUCGAUCAACGUCGGUGCUCUCAUUGCCAGUUCUGUACUUGUAUGGGUACAAGACAAUCUGGGAUGGGGAUGGGGAUUUGGCAUUCCAGCAGUGGCCAUGGCAAUAGCUGUUGUGAGCUUCUUUUCAGGUUCUCGGCGUUACAGGAACCAAAAGCCGGGAGGCAGUCCUCUAACACGAAUCGCUCAGGUGUUUGUUGCAACAUUUAGAAAAUAUAAGGUUGCAGUACCUGAUGAUGCGUCUCUUUUGUAUGAAACUGCAGAUGCAGAAUCUGCCAUCAAAGGAAGCAGAAAACUUGAUCACACAAAUGAUUUUAGAUUAUUUGACAAAGCUGCGGUGGGGCUACCAGUGGACCACGUUAAAACCUCAACAAACCCAUGGAGACUUUGCACGGUUACUCAAGUAGAAGAACUAAAGGCCAUUAUACGUUUGCUUCCUGUUUGGGCCACUGGUAUAAUCUUUGCCACUGUCUACAAUCAAAUGAGCAACUACUUCGUAUUACAAGGCGAAAAAAUGGAUAUUCAGCUCGGCUCCUUCAAGAUCCCACCUGCAUCUCUUUCCCUGUUCGACACCCUUAGUGUCAUCAUUUGGGUUCCAAUCUAUGAUCGGAUCAUUGUUCCGAUAGCUAGAAAAUUCACUGGUCACCAAAAUGGCCUAACUCAGCUCCAGAGGAUGGGCAUUGGCCUUGUAAUUUCAAUCUUCGCCAUGUUAUCUGCUGGAACCUUGGAAUGUGUCAGACUUAGGAUUGUGGAAAGGCACAACUACUACGAACUUGAGAAUAUGCCCAUGUCAGUAUUCUGGCAAGUUCCUCAGUAUUUCCUUAUUGGCUGUGCUGAAGUCUUCACAUUAAUUGGACAGUUGGAGUUUUUCUAUCAACAAGCACCUGAUGCCAUGAGGAGUCUGUGCUCGGCUCUCUCACUCACCACCAUUGCAUUAGGAAGCUACUUGAGCUCUCUGCUUGUGACCAUUGUUACCAAUGUGACCGCCAGGAAAGGGAAGCCUGGAUGGCUACCACGCAAUCUGAAUCAUGGUCACCUUGAUUAUUUCUUCUGGUUAUUGACCAUACUGAGUGUUCUGAACUUGGGAGCUUUUCUCCUAGUCUCAAAAUGGUACACAUAUAAAAGGGCUGUGGGGACUCUCCAGUGAUGGCAACAAUAAGUUAAAAAGGGACUCCACGUUUCCUCCAACGUCUUAGAGCUUUACUCUUUGUUGUUGAAGUACUUGUUCAUAUUCUUCUAUAAAAAAACAAAAUCAAAAACAAAAAACAAUUCCUUUAUGAUCGAGAAGCUACUGCAAAAUGUAUUUCUUCUUAUCUUGUGUUAAUUCUGUAAUAUAAACACUCGCCAAGUCCUUCAAACGGCAAUGUCUAAACUGUUUACUGCAUC